AUUCUGGCCAAUGAUCCUGGUCGGGGAGCGCCGCUGUAGAAUGUGGGGCCAUGGAGAGAACUGUUUCUUUUCUGAAUAAUAAUCAGAAUAAACCCAUCGUCUUCGACGACCAUCAGCCUACCAUCAGCUUUGGGUAGCCCGGUCCCCGGGCGAUCGAAAAAUCCCAAGAAUUUUUCAUAGGUUCUUGAUAUGUUCAGUCGUCGCUCCCAUUUUGGACUGGCCGAACUCAAGAAAAAAAGUUUGUGCCCACAGGACAAAGAGCCAAAAACGAAAAAAAGAAAACAGAUUACGAAUUUCGGAUCGCUUAACACCAAAUUUACGAGAAAUAUGAUAAUAAUAAGAAGCGACGUGACAAUGGCAAACAACAAAAGAAGACGGAAAUUCAGUUGUUUUUAGUGUUAGAGAACAUCCAACUUUGUUAAUCGAAACUAUGAACGAAUACGCUUAUAACGUGGACAGCAUGAUCUCUCGACUUUUAAAGUUUCGUAAUGAAUCUCGAGGGAACGAAGUGCGAUUUGGAGGAAAUGAGAUCUUCGGACUGUGUUACGACGUUAGGAAGAUCCUCCUGAAGCAGCCUAUGCUUCUAGAACUGGAACCGCCACUCGUCAUAUGUGGUGACGUUCACGGCCACUACUUUGAUUUGCUUCGAUUGUUCGAAUUGGGUGGAUAUCCUCCUCGCAGUAACUAUCUGUUUCUGGGCGAUUACGUCGACAGGGGCAAUUGGUCGCUGGAAACAAUCUGUCUUCUGUUCGCUUAUAAAGUAAAAUAUCCUGAAACAUUUUUCUUGCUUAGAGGUAACCACGAGUGCAUCACCGUAAAUAGAGUUUACGGAUUUUACGAGGAAUGCAAGAGAAAAUAUUGCGUGAAGCUAUGGAAAAUAUUUAACGAGUGUUUUGAUUGUCUACCUGUGGCAGCUAUUAUCGAGGACAAAAUUUUCUGUUGCCACGGAGGACUCAGCCCCAAGUUGGAGUCCUUGGAUCAGAUCCGACAAUUGGAGAGACCCAUUGACGUGCCAGAAGAAGGUCUUUUAUGCGAUCUUCUAUGGUCCGAUCCGGAAAGGAAUUCCGAAGGAUGGGGAGAGAACUUGGAGAGAGGCAUAUCCUAUACUUUCGGGGCAGAUGUAGUGGAAAAUUUUUUGAACCAAAAUAACUUUGACUUAAUAAUUCGUGCUCAUCAAGUGGUGGAGGACGGAUUUGAGUUCUACUGGAAACGUCGCUUGGUAACGAUCUUCUCUGCCUCAAAGUAUUGCGGAGAGUUCGAAAAUGCCGGCGCGAUAAUACUCAUCAACAAUGACUUACUUUGUUCUUUCAAAAUACUGAAACCUUUACAAUAACUUUGUUAGCUUUAAUCUUGGAAACACGAAUUUGGUAUACCU